AUGCGCGACUUUUCCGAUUACGGCCAAGAUUUACCGUGUUCAGAAGGUGCCCACUGCCCAGGUGCUAGGUGGUGCCUGUCAUUGUCAGUGUCAAUGUCGAACAGAUGCACGUGCCUUGAAGAGCGUUGGCAGCUCAAACCAUUCCCCGACGUCGACGACAUCCCCUUUCUCGAUAUAUCUUCAUGCUUCAAGUUUCCUUGCGUUCGCAGGCUUAGCCUACCACGUAUAUUUUCCUUGAUUAACAUCAAGGUCUGA